AUGGGGAAAAGCAAAAAGAAAUCAAGAAUUUCCAAAAUAUUAAGUGGCGGUAGCCCGUUCCCUACUGUUGGACAAUCAAAUGAUUCAACCACUAAUAACCAACUACCAAAGGAAUCAAAGCAUUAUAGUACGGUUCACAAACUAAUUAGCCAAUUAAAUUCUACUAUAGCCUCUCCUAAUGAUAAAAUUAUUGCCUUGAACUCCAUUGUCGUGAUGUGUAAUGACCCAUCUUUGAGAGAAGAGUUUUUCAAACAGAAUAUUUUGGGAUUAUUGUUUUCCAAUGAUCCUCUUGGUCAAUCUACAUCUACAUCUAAAAAUUAUAAUAAUGAUAAUGCCAAAGAUGGCGAACUUCAAGUAUGUUUCCUAAACAGCAAGAACCUCGACAUUGUGAACCUGACGUUAGAAUUACUCAAGAUCAUCGUAUUCGAGGACGGGUAUGCCAUGUCUACCCAUUUAUGGAAGAAGAGAAGAAUUUGGAAGUACAUUGAUAUGAAUUUGAACAACUUGAAGAACUCCUUCAAUGAGUUUUCUAUGAACAUGACAAGUUUUAAUAAUAGUCAAAAAGUUUUAUUGUUUGAAUUGACAGAAAAUAUCUUUGGUUUGAUCAUUGCGUUAAUUAAUGGAUCAGAAAGUAUUCUUGAUGAGAUUUUGACCAACAACGCUGAUAAUGAAAAGAUGAACUCCAUUGCGGAAUUCGCAGUGAAUUUGCUCAAAUGGUGCUUGAUCAUUGACGAUGAAAAUAAAAACUUGAAAGUGUCGCUUAGAUUGUUCAAUACUCUUUUAGAUUUGAUUUAUGAUUUCAGUUCGGAAUCUGGGGAUUUCAUUGAACGUUUGAUUUUUAACUAUGGCUUUUCUUUGCAGAAAUUAAUUGAGUUUGGAGCGAUGAUCGACGAUACUAAGAUCAAUAGUGUCACCAGAAUCUAUAUUGAAAACAUCAAAUUCCAAGUUUUUGAAGUGGCAGGGGUCCAAUUGGCCCUUGCAGGAGCCAGUGCCAAUGAUGAUCAAGAUCAAGUCGUUAAAGAUUUUGAAGCGAAAAGAGACCAGAUAUUCAUUGAAAUUUAUCAGAAUUUACUGGGUUAUUUGAAACAAUCUUCAAAAACCUUGGAUGUCAUGUUGGCAGCAACGCAAUUGAAUCCUGCAGAUUACGCUAAUGUCGAUUCGCCAGAAUUUAUGGCAAAGCACAAUGAAAAAUCAAAGGCGAAUGACGAAAUCCAAGCCAUGGAGAUUUCUCUUGAUUUAAUCGCCACGAUCGUUGAAUUUGCUGGAACAAACCCGGCAUUGGAACAAUUGAUUGAAUCUUCAUCCGACAAUGACUCCCAAAUCAUUGAAUACUUUAACAACAACAAACUCAUCAAUUCUUUUCUUGACGCCGAAUUCUUUGAGUUUUUGUACCAAUGUCUUGUGAAUUACAAUUACAAAUUUGAAUUACACGCUUUGGACUGUUUUAUAAACUUGGCGAUCUUAUUUGGAUCCCUAUCGACUACCGAUCUUCCCUCGAUAUGGAAAGACCAAGCCGAGAAGUACUGGUCUUCCUUUAUCACCAAUCAAGCGACCUCACCAUUCUUCAGAGCCCUUAAGAGUUUCAAUGGAUCUAACACUGUUGAUGGUACAGUGAUUUACAAUCUACACACCCAGAUCAAGACUUUUGGCUUCCUUAAUGCCUCAGUCAAGAUAUUACAGACCACCACCGCCAACAAUGAACAACAAGAACAAAGUUUGAUCACUUUUGUCCAAGCGCUUAUCAACAAUGGUAACUCAUUUUCCACCAUCAAUUAUCACAUCCAACUUUUACAAUCACAGCCAAAAAAGAAAAAGAAGUCGAAUCAUGCCAAUUCUGCCGAAAACAAAGAAUUUGUUGAGUUGAUUGGGCAGUAUUACCAAGAGUUCCUCCAAUUAUUGGUAGUUUUGGCACAGUUGCCACUUGUGAAUUUAAAUGGAAUCAUUGGUGACUAUUUGUUCAACAAGGUAUUGAACCCAGUCUACCAAAGUGCAGCCGCUGCUGAUGAAGCUCCAUUCGCCAAAGAACCAACAUCUAUGUUAGAUAUUUUACCUCCUCGCAUUCUCAUUGACCUCAUUUCGUCAGUGUUUGAUAUUUACAGUGAUAAGAGUUUUGUUUAUGACGGUCCAAACUUUGUCAAUAAAAAUUACAGUGGAAUCUUAAAGAGCCUCAAGGAAGUUUUGAAGUCAGAUAUCUUUAAGAGAAAAAUUGACAAAAAUGUCGAUGCUAAUUUGAAGGCUUUGAGUUAUGCUACCAUCAAGGAAUUAGACAGAUUUAUCAAAUAUAAAGAUCAUGAGAACUGA